AUGACAGAUGAAGAAACUUGCUUCUUUGAAGAAGAAUGUAUUGAUCAAGAUCGUGUUGUUCAUGACCAGUAUCAUGUGAUCAAUGAGCUUUGUUGUAUAAUUUGUCAGGGUCUUUUAUGGAAGCCAAGAUCAUGUGCCUCUUGUCAACAUUUAUUUUGUAAUCAAUGUAUUCGAAUAUGGCGUAAGGUCAAUCCAACUUCAUGUCCCUUUCGUUGUUCUCCAUAUGAAGAAAAACGUGCACCACCACAUAUUCAUUCUCUCCUGGGUCGUCUAUCCAUUCGUUGUCGUAAUAGUUUAUUUGGUUGUACAGAAGUUCUAUCCUACGAUUUAUUAGAACAGCAUGAAACUGAAGAAUGUCAGUUUCCAACUAAACGAUGCAACAUAUGUCGAAAAUAUAUACUAAUAAGUGAAAUUGAUCAGCAUCAAAUAUUUUGCAUACCUGCAGUGACUCAAUGUUUCGCAUGCAAAUAUCUAAUUGACCGAACUGUGUAUCAACAACACAUGAUUAAAUGUAUCCAAGAAAGAUUAGAUCUCUUAAUUGAACAAAUGAUACCAUCACCAGAUGAUUUUGAGAUACUUGAGAACAAUACGCUCACUUUUCCACAGGAAUAUGGCAAUGAAACAGGAUUCACUCGAUUAAAUAAUCGAUUACAACGAUUUCUGUUUCUGAUGCCUAAAGCCAAUCUAGUUGAAUUCGAUGCAGUUGUACAAGCUCGUCAACAAAAUUGUUGCGCUCGAAUUUGGACUAUGCUUCGAUUGAUUUUCUUCAAUAAAUCACAAGCUGCUCAAAUUUUAACCAGUCUUUUUUGAAUUAUUGAUGGCGAAUAUCACUUAUAA